ACCUGUAAAGACUAAAUGGAAACUUGGAACAAUGUGACUUACUUUAUCCUCUUGGGCCUCACAGAGAAUCCAAACGAGCAGAAAGUUCUUUUUGUUUUGUUUUUACUCUUUUACAUUUUGACCAUGGUGGGCAACAUGCUCAUUAUUGUGACUGUGACAGUCAGUAAGAACCUGGACUCUCCGAUGUACCUUUUCCUUGCAAGUCUCUCAUUUAUCGAUGUCCUGUAUUCCUCUUCCAUUUCCCCCAGAUUGAUUUCAGACUUGUUCUUUGGGGAAAAUACCAUAUCCUUCCAGUCUUGUAUGGCCCAGCUCUUUACAGAGAACUUUUUAGGUGGAUCAGAGAUCUUUCUUCUGUUGGUGAUGGCCUAUGACCGCUAUGUGGCCAUCUGUAAGCCCUUGCAUUAUUUGGUUAUCAUGAGGCAGUGCGUGUGUAUUGUGCUGCUGGUAGUGUGUUGGGUUGGAGGCUUUCUACACUCAGUAAUUCAGCUUAGCAGUAUUUAUGGGCUCCCAUUCUGUGGCCCCAACAUCAUUGAUCACUUUAUGUGUGAUAUGUAUCCUUUAGUGAAACUCGUCUGUACUGAUACCUAUGUCAUUGGCCUCUUAGUGGUGGCCAAUGGAGGACUGAUCUGCACUGUUGUGUUUCUGCUCUUACACUUCUCUUAUGGUGUCAUCUUGUACUCUCUAAAGAAUCUUAGUCAGGAAGGGAGGCGGAAAGCUCUCCAGACCUGUGGUUCCCACAUCACUGUGGUUGUCUUCUUCUUUGUUCCCUGUAUUUUCAUGUAUGCAAGACCUGCAGAGACCUUCCCCUUUGACAAAUCAUUGAGCGUGUUUUAUACAGUAAUAACCCCCAUGCUGAACCCAUUAAUCUACACUCUGAGAAAUUCAGAAAUGACCAAUGCUAUGAAGAAGCUCUGGAAAAAAAUAAUUAUGUCAACUAGUAAGUAA